CAGCGGCGGCACCGCCCCGGGGCCGCGCUGCGGGAGGCCGCCCCGGGGCCGCGCUGCCUGGCGGAGCGGAGCUUCAUCGCCGCUGCCUUCGCCCGCGUCCCAGCGGGGUUUGUGUGGCAGCGCCAGGCACUCCCCGCCGCCGGUUUAUGUAACCCGCCGCCCGGACCCGGUUAUAAAACGCCUCCAAGGCAGCGCCGCUGCCAGAACCCCCAGCGGCGCGGCAGCGGGGAGAUGGGAACUGCUCAAAACAACAGUGACAUCAAAAAACUCCAUGCAGUGGAGCUUGACCUGUGUAACAAGGACAUGAUGGCAGACACAUUUGAUCACAACAUUAUUUCUGUUAGAGAAGAGGAAGGAGUAGGCAAUUUCCAACGUUUUCUUCCAACACGAGAGUCCCUCCGAUCUCCUCGGGGCUCUGUUGUGAGUUUCCAUAACAUCCAGUACUCAGUUAAGCAGUCCAGUGGAUUCCUAUGUAAACGGAAAACUGUGGAAAAGAAGAUCCUUCAUAAUGUUUAUGGCAUGAUGAAGCCAGGCUUGAAUGCUAUUCUGGGGCCAACUGGGAGUGGUAAAUCUUCUCUCCUAGAUGUGUUGGCUGCCAGAAAGGACCCAGCAGGCCUGUCUGGAGAAGUACUUAUAGAUGGCAUCCCACAACCUCCAAAUUUCAAGUGCAUCUCAGGAUAUGUUGUGCAGGAUGAUGUUGUCAUGGGCACAAUGACGGUGAGGGAGAACCUGCACUUCUCUGCUGCCCUGCGACUCCCCAGCUCCAUCAGUGUUGAAGAGAAGGAAAAGCGAGUCACCCAGAUAAUCAGUGAGCUGGGAUUAAGCAAAGUGGCUGAUGCUAAGGUAGGAACCGAAUUGAUCCGGGGAGUGUCUGGAGGGGAACGGAAGAGAACCAACAUUGGGAUGGAGCUCAUCACAGAGCCACCGGUCCUUUUUCUGGAUGAGCCAACAACUGGCCUUGAUGCCAGCACAGCCAAUGCAGUCCUCAUCCUCCUGAAGAAGCUCUCAAGAAGAGGGCGAACCAUCAUAUUUUCCAUCCAUCAGCCCCGCUAUUCCAUAUUCAAGCUGUUUGACAGUCUGACAUUGCUAGCUUUGGGAAAGGUGCUGUAUCAUGGUCCUGCGAAGCAGGCCCUGGAGUACUUCAGUUCUAUUGGAUAUGAGUGUGAACCUUUCAACAAUCCAGCUGACUUCUUCCUUGAUAUCAUAAAUGGUGAUUCAACUGCUGUGGCAGCAAGCAAGGAAGAUCACAGACCUGUGGACACAGGAGGAGAAGUGAGCAAUAAAAAUGGAGUGGCAGAAGGAAAUGUGGACAACAAUGUGGUAGAUCUGCUGCACCAGAAAUACCUCAACUCCAGCCUGUAUCAGAGCACAAGAGAAGCACUGGGGAAAGUGGAGCUUGGACAGGGAAGCAGGCAGAGAAUAUCUGAGAAGGAGCAUGAGAUUACCUAUGCAAAUGGAUUCUUCACCCAGCUGUACUGGGUGUCCAAGCGUUCCCUGAAAAACCUCAUCAGGAACCCGCAGGCCUCUAUUGCACAAAUUGCAGUGACCAUAAUUCUAGCCUUGGUUGUGGGUGCUAUCUUUUUCGGUGUAAAAUUGGAUAGAAGUGGCAUUCAGAAUCGGGUUGGAUCCUUGUUUUUUGUCACCACAAACCAGUGUUUUUCCAGUGUCUCUGCAAUUGAGCUGUUCAUCAGAGACAAGAAACUAUUUGUCCAUCAGUACACCAGUGGAUAUUACCGUGUGUCUGCCUACUUCCUGGCCUUGAUGAUAGGAGAUCUGCUGCCCAUGAGAACUGCUCCAGCCAUCAUAUUCUCAUGCAUCAGUUACUGGAUGAUUGGCUACCAAGCUGUUGCAGGCCGGUUCUUCUUCUUCAUGCUGACCCUGGUACUGGUGUCCUACACUGCCACAGCCAUGUCUCUGGCUAUCAGUGCUGGGAUGGAUGUGGUGGCUGUGGCCAAUCUGCUCAUUACUAUUUGUUUUGUCCUGAUGCUUAUCUUUUCAGGCCUCUUAGUAAACCUCCCUUCUGUAAUGGGCUGGCUGAACUGGCUCAAGUACUUCAGCAUCCCCCGAUACGGCCUCACUGCUCUCCAAGUGAAUGAGUUCAGGGAUCUCUACUUCUGUAAUGAGAAUAAUCCAAAUGCUACAGCGUCUGUGGGAGAUGGAGGCAGUUGUCCCCCUGAUAUUUCAGGAGAAAUGUGUUCUGGUGAAGCAUACCUGUGCAGCCAAGGAAUUGCACCUACCAACUGGGCAAUGUGGGAAAACAUAGUGGCUCUCUUCUGCAUGACUGUUAUCUUCCUUAUUAUCGCCUAUGCAAAACUCCGUUUUAUGAGAAAGUUCACAUAGACUCCUGCCUUGCUUUGCUUUGCAGCUGCUCCAGUCUUAAAACUGCAAAGCUUGUUAGGGCCUACUGGAGAUCACCAAAAGAUUUCAACUGACUUUACUGGACUUCAGAUGGGAACCCUGUCCCCUUGUUUCUGGAGUAUGAUGUCCACAUGAUUGUAUGAUUUUAUUUUUUAAGAAGAAUUGCAUUAAUGUGCAUUGAAUAAGUGUUGGUUUUUUUUUUUUGUAAGGGAAUAUAAUUCUCAUAAUUCCUGAGGUGUGUAUCGAACUAUAUAUUGUACAGCAUUAUUCUUCUGUGACCAACUUUGAACAUUUCCUGUAUAAGGGAAUAAUUUUCCUUUGACUAUAUAAGCUUCUCCAUCACAAAUGAUAUAAGGUGAUGAUGGCAUUUGUGUAUUGAUAUAUUGCCACUGGUUAGUGCCUGUCACAUCGGAGGAGAACCAGAGACCAUUCACAGCAUGCUGCAGCUGCAGUUGAGUUUGAAGUCAGUACAGGGAAUGAGCAUUCCUUGCCAAGCAAGAACAGUUAUAAUUCUAGUAACUCCUCAGUGGAAGAUACUUGCAGAAACAACUUUUGCUUGAUUGGAAACUAGUAAGACUAGUUCAUCUAUGAAGAGUGAGAAAUAUAUACUGUUGUAAUGCAAAAAACCCCAAACAACCCAGCCAAACCCCCUCCUCCCCGCAAAAAACCUACCAACAGCCAAAACUACAUUUACUACUUGAGAGGAAAUUACGGUUUUCUUUUUUAAAAAAGUAUUUGUAUAGUAGCAAUGGCAGAUUUUUUUAACAGACUUAACGCUUAGCUGCACCAUCUAUAUAUAGAGCUACUUAUACUAUGGACGGAGAAAAACCAUGCAGACACUGCUGGGGCACCUACAGCAACGCUUACUGCAGUCACAGGACAAACUAGUGUGCCAGCAGUUGUCUCUUCAACACUUACAUUAACAAAGGCAGAGCUUUUUUUAAGCUGCCUUAUGACCCUCAGGGGCAAGUAGACUAGCUAAGACCAAAGAAAAACUUUCUCAAACACAAGAUUGGAGUUUGCUUGUGAGAGCCGGGCUAACAACAGCCCUUGAAACGGGCCUGCUGUGGGAAAGUGCUUCUGGUACUCUUGCAAUAAAUGGUUCAGUUGUGGUUUGAAAGUGGGAAGCAAUCAACCCGACAGCACAACCACAGCAAGCACAAACCGUGCUCUUUCUGUGCUGCUUCUCUGCCUUUUACAACUGGUAAAAAGUAAACUCGUGACACGUU